AUGACAUUAGAAAAGAAUAAACAGGUCAAAAGGGGAACCUGUUGGACACGGAUAAUUUAUAAGUUUGUGGUUGGGGUUAUCACAGUUGCCGUCCUAUUUAUAUUCAUAACACAGACACAAAUAUUACAAAUGCAAAACAAGCUACGAGUAGAACAACAAACUUUGACCAACGAUCAUGAUACCCUACAGUUAAAGCAUAUAUUCCAUCAUGGGACUGGACCUAAAAACUAUAGACUACACAGAAGACUAGACAUCACACCUGAAUACUUGGCUAAGCAUGAGCCAUAUUUCACAACACUCACCCAACAAUUACUGGAACCUGGUUUGGAAGAGACCAUUAAAUCAGACAAUUUAGAUGAAAUUUAUCAACAGUCAGAUUGGCCAGAAAUACACAAGGGCAAAAACCCUUUUAGUAUUGAGUUGCCAUUCAGAAAAACGGAUAGUGAAGCCACAAGACUUAAAGAAAGAAACACCCCAAACUUUAUUGAAUCGUAUCUUAAUUAUGCUAGAGAUAUCAAGGGGAAUGCCCAGAUUCUAAACCGGAUCAAUUUAGAUUGGAUACAUGAUGAAAUCAAGGUGCCCAAUGUCACCGAUAGAGAUACUGUUGUUACACUAGCCACCAUUUCAUCCAACGCCUAUGUCAGAUAUCCCAAGGAUGACGAUGAGAAGAAAAAAUCUGAUUGGAUAGAUUUGGGAGAUUGGGACCCAAAUAGAGAGGAUGGUGAUAUUAAUUUUGGUUGGGAAGACAUUGGAUUAAGAGGGCACGUAUUUGUCAGCAAAGAUAACAAAACCGUGGUCAUUGGUAUAAAGGGUACUUCAGGAGCAGGAUUACCUGGUGGAGGAAGUGAUGAGACGGGUGGUAACGAUAAGACCAAUGACAAUUUGUUGUUUUCUUGUUGUUGUGCAAGAAUUAGUUAUAUGUGGACUACAGUGUGUGAUUGUUACGAAAAAACAUACACUUGUAAUCAAGAUUGUUUAGAGAGGGAGUUGAGAAAAGAAGACAAAUAUUAUCAAGCAGUUUUGGAAUUGUAUCGUAAUGUGACUGAUAUUUACCCUCCAGAACUGACAGAUAUUUGGGUCACAGGCCAUUCAUUAGGAGGUGCAUUGGCAUCUUUAUUGGGUAGAACAUUCGGAUUACCAGCAGUGGCAUUUGAAGCACCAGGGGAAAUGUUAGCCACAAGAAGAUUGCAUUUACCUUCUCCUCCAGGACUCCCACAACAUAUGGAAAACAUUUGGCACUUUGGAAAUACUGCUGAUCCUAUAUAUAUGGGGGUUUGCAAUGGUGCAUCAAGUACUUGUAAUUUAGCAGGGUAUGCCAUGGAAACUACAUGUCACACUGGAUUACAAUGUGUCUACGAUGUUGUAACCGACAAAGGUUGGAGUGUUAAUUUAUUGAAUCAUAGAAUCCAUACUGUUAUCGAUGAUAUAAUAUUAACCUACAACGAGACAGCACCAUGUGUACCACUGCCACCUUGUCGAGAUUGUUUUAAUUGGCGGUUUGUAGCUCAUGAUGAUAAUGAAAAAGACGAGCCUAAAUUGCCUAAUCCGCUACGAAGCAGCAAGAGUACAAUGUCUACUAAAAAAACCUCACUCAAGUCCAGUUCAACCAAUAGUGGCAGUACCUCAACAUCAACAGUUGCCAAGACAACACAAACACUGCCGAUUUCUUCUGCGUCUCCAACAGAUCAAGACCCACCACAGAAGUGCUUAAAGAGAACAUGGUAUGGAUGGUGCACCAAAUGGGGCUACGAUGAUAAUAAUGAUGAUGAUGAUGGUUCCUCAAAGAGGAGAUAG